AUGGCUUUUACAACAACACAGACCAAGCGAUACUUUAUCGAAGAUAUCGAAUCAGUAUCAUCAAUGUUUAAACAAAUUUCUAUAGGAAAUUUAGACACAUUUUUACAAGCUUUAAAUAAUCAAUACGAUCUUUUCAUGACUGAAUUGAAAGAAAUGGAUAUUAGUUUUAAAAGUAUUGAUAAACGAGAUAAUUAUGAAGCUCUUUUGGAUAAAGUACUUGGAUGUCCAGAUCUCUGUCCAUGUUGUAAUCGACCAUGUGAUGUUGAUCAUACACAAAUUCAAUCUAAACCAGGUUCAAAAAAUAAUGAGCAUCGUUGUUUAUCUGGUCAUGCAUUACGUGCUAUGAAUGGUUAUAAAUUCGAAGUAACUCAAGAGGCAUCACUAUUAAUGUGUGAUCAAAUAAAAAAUGAUCGUAUGAUUGUUGUUGGUGCUAGAUGUUAUCAAUGGUCCCUAUUUAAGAGAGAUCAUACAGAUUGGUUGUUCGAUUCACCAUUAAAUAAAACGGAAUUAAAUCUUGUGCAUAAGAAAUUUUUAACAAUAUGGACUAAAAUUGGGCCACAGAUUUGUCAAGUAUAUCGAAUGAAGUUUGUGACACACAAUACGAAAAGAAUACCUGAAAAAGCUAUUCAUAAAGCAUAUCAUUUCAUAUUACUCUUGGAUGCAUCAGCAUCGAUGGGUAGUGAAAAUCAAUGGGAUUACUUAAUGGAUGCAGUUAAAGAAUUUUUAGAUCGUCGUCGAGAAUUAAAAACCGAAGAUAGAUUUACAAUAAUCGUCUUUUCGGAUACCGCAGAAGUACAAAUAGAAGACCAAACCGUUAAUCAGGUCGAUCUAGAAAAGAUAAAAUUUCAUGAUGGUGGAACAUCUUUUAGUGCUGCAUUCGCUUGUGUUGUUCAAGUAAUUAGUAAAUUCAAAGAAAAGCCCCAUCCAAAUUCAAUUCAUCAGAAUUUUGCUAUUGUUUUUAUGACCGAUGGAGAAGACGAGUAUUAUUCAGAUAACGAAAUAAAUCAACUAUUCAAUACUCAUAAAUCUGUUAUUAAAAAAUUUUGGACAUUAGAACUUAGUGAUGGUUGUCGAUCGGUUGAAACUUUAGAAAAAAUCAACAAAAAAAUGGGAGGUUCAUUUUAUGACAUUCAAAAUGCUGCUGGUUUAGUUACUGUCUACGCUGAAGUGGCCACAAGCACGGCUAUCGCAAGCAAUUAA